CACUAGAGCUGGCUGGCAUGUGUUCCGGAGAUCCGGGCCAUGAACGGUCGCUUCUGAGGUUAGCUGCUUCGCAACCCUCGCCGCCGUUCCUGUCCAAGCGUCCCCCUUUUGCCAUGACCUUCGCAGAACUCCUCGACCGGAUCGGGGGCAUGGGCCGCUUCCAGGUCCUCCACGUGGCGCUGCUGGUGAUCCCUGUCCUACUGACGUCCAGCCACAACCUGCUACAGAACUUUUCGGCUGCCAUCCCGGAACACCACUGCCGAAUCCGGCUGGUUGGCAACGGCACCAGUUGGCCCGCGAAUAGGACUCAAAAAACGGGCACCGAGGAAGACUUCCUCUGGAUCUCCAUCCCCCGAGACGCGACCGGGAAACCCGAGAAAUGCCGCCGCUUCGUCACCCCGCGCUGGCACCUCAAUGGCAGUGCCACGGGUGGCAACGAGACCCAGGGGGACACAGAGCCGUGCCACGAUGGGUGGAUCUACGACCGGAGCAUUUUCGCCAACACCAUUAUCAUGGAGUGGGACCUGGUGUGCAACCUACGGACCCGGAGACAGAUGGCCCAGUCGAUUUACAUGGGGGGAGUUCUGGCAGGUGCUCUUGUGUUCGGGAGCUUAGCGGACAGGUUUGGGCGCAAAGCGGUCUUGAGCUGGUCUUACCUCCAGAUGGCCGUCUCAGGCGUGUGCACUGCUUUCUCCCCGAGUCUCAUGGCCUACUGUGUCUUCCGCUUCCUGGUCGGCAUGGCACUCUCCGGGAUAAUCCUGAACUGCACGUCCUUAGUCCUCGAGUGGGUGCCCACAAAAGUCCGCACUGUGGCCGGGACUGUGGUGAGUUAUUGUGCAACGUUUGGGCAAAUUAUCCUCCCUGGACUGGCCUACGCCCUCCCGGACUGGCGCUGGCUGCAGUUCGCCGCUUCCAUGCCCUUCUUCGCCUUCUUCAUCUACUCUUGGUGGUUUGCGGAAUCUGCCCGCUGGCUGGUGCUUUCUGGCAAAUUGGACAAGGCGGUCGAGGUCCUCAAGAAGGUGGCCCAGAUCAACGGGAAGAAGGAAGAGGGAGAGAAGCUCAGCAGAGAGGUCUUGAAAUCAAGCAUGCAGAAAGAAUUAGCCCUGGCACAAACGUCCUACACGCUCGUCAGUUUGGUGCGUACACCCACCGUUCGCCGGAUCUCUUGCUGCAUUUCCAGCGUGUGGUUUGCUACCAGUUUUGCUUACUACGGUCUCGCCAUGGACCUCCAGAACUUUGGUUUCAGCAUCUACCUGAUCCAGGUGGCGUUUGGUUCGAUCGACAUCCCGGCCAAGCUGGGGGCUGCCAUCGGCAUGAGCUACAUCGGGCGGAGAGCCACUCAGGCCUCCUCUGUCAUCUUGGCCGGCUUGGCCAUCCUGGCUAAUAUAUUCGUGCCCACAGAUCUUCGAACACUAAGGACUUCUCUGGCAGUGCUCGGGAAAGGAUGCUUGGCCUCUUCCUUCAAUUGCCUCUAUCUCUACACGGGCGAGCUAUACCCAACGGUGAUCAGACAGACCGGGAUGGGGAUAGGCAGCACCCUGGCUCGCGUGGGGGGAAUAGUGGCACCAAUGGUAAAAAUGACGGGAGAAUAUUUCCCCUACCUCCCUCCGCUCAUAUACGGGACGGCCCCAAUCCUGUCCGGGAUCGCCGCCAUCUUCCUGCCUGAGACGCUCAAUGUGCCCCUUCCGGAUACCAUAGAAGAAGUUGAGAGCGGCGGAAGGACAGUGGAGCCCUGCCUUCCCGUCAAGGGCCAAGACCAGAUCUUGCUGGAGAAGGUGUCCCAAGAGGCGUCUCAAGAAGGUCUGGAUAAGCGGGAAAGACACGGCACCAUAUUCCGCACCGUGUGGGGCCACCGUUUUAAUUUCGCCUUCAGCGAAUUGCAGAAAAACAGCGCCUCCAUUGCGUUAGGAGAAAUGCACACGAAAAGGGGUUUUCACGAGGAAGUUGGUGAUGAGAUGAACUUCAGGCUGGAAAAAUGA